GUGAUCUUGGAGUCUCGUCAUCUUCUCCUUUGAUUGCUCUACCAAACCCCUCGUGACUUACGACGACACGAUAUCCUAGGUGAAGGACGAAGGCGAGCAACAACAACACCUGUCUCCCUCGCGCAAUUUCAUAUCACAAUGUCUCUCAAGGAAGAUGCCUGGCCCUCCUCAGCGGCGUUCGACCUGAUUGCCGACGCACUGAAAAACGAUGCGGAGCGUAAGGCGGCUAUGAAGCAAGCCCCCUUCAUCUUCGGUUUCACUCUCAAGAACGAUAAGAAUGAGACGAAGAGUUGGUACAUUGACCUGAAGAAGACCGGAUCAGUGGGCAAAGAUAAGACGGCGCCGGAGGGAGAGACGGCGGUCGUGACAUUAUCGUUGAAGGAUGUUGAUUUUGCCAAGCUGGUCUCUGGCAAGGGCAAGCCGCAACAGAUGUUCAUGACCGGGAAGCUGAAGCUUCAGGGCGACAUGAUGAAGGCGACGAAGAUUGAGCCGAUCCUCCAGAAGGUCCAGACCAAGGCUAAGCUAUAGAGAUGGGAAGUCAUUUGCUGUUAUCGUGCAUCGACCCGCCUUUCGAACGUUAGAUGAGGAGUUGCUCGGUUAGCUACACUGCUGUUCGACGCACAAGGACGCAAGCGCAGUGGUGCUGUAUUGACGUCGCGCCAUUAUCUUUGGGUUUUCGCCAACUACUCUGAUCUUGCCUACACCCUCCUAGUCAAUGACGAAUGUGCUGAAUCGCUAUACCAACCAGCUAUGUCGAUGAGCAUUGGCAGUGGUGUAGCGGGUCAGCUUGCAGUGCAAGCAAACUGGCGUAAUCGCUACAUCUCCUAAGCGUUGGUGCAGCGCCCACUUCACGUCUUGACCGGGCAGCUUAUGCACAGGCUAUGUUAUUGUGAUCAAGACAAUCCAACAUAAAGUUAUUGGAUGAAUCCCAAGGUCAUCGGCAUGUCGUAUGCUUGCUUACCACCUAUGGUAAUAGCUUCUCUGCUACUGGUCAUGGC